CACCUCAUUUCCUUCUCUAAGGUGGAUCCCAUUUUAGUGAUUAAUUAUUUAUUAUUUAGUUUAAUCCACACCUGCACUGAUGCAUCAGAGUUGAUUUUCCACCAGUCAUUUUAAUUAUUUCUCAGAGAUGCAGAUAUAAAAGGCAAUGCAUGAAUUGAAAAAUAUUCUUGGAGUUGAGCUUGUAGCAUUGCAAGCUCAAGAAUGGACAGAAAGCAUGGAAAAUACGUAGUGAAUACUGAGCGCACUGAAAACCAGCCACCAAUUAUGUGUUUAAAUGACCAAGAGGCUCACAGCUCUGCAUGCUGGCAUCCACCUUCAAAUGACCUACCUGGUGAUGUCUCGGCCAACUUAUCUGGGGUCUGUGUGAGCCCAGGAGUCCUCAUGCACUCAGGAUGUCCACACACAGAAUUAUCCAACACACAGGUGAAAGGAAAUUGCUGCAAUAACUGGUCUCUGUGGAAAGUCUUUUUGGUUUGUCUCUUAGCCUGUGUGAUAACAACAGCAAUUGGAGUACUCAUCGUGUGUCUGGUGAAUAAUAGAGGAAAUGACCAUUCUUCCAUUGUUAUCCAGCUACCCCAAAACAACGGGGAGCCUGUAGUUAUUGUUCCUGGGACAACCUCUACUACUUCUCAACUUAAAGUGACCACCACUUCAACGGAACCUACAACCACAGCAGCCACUACCAUCACUUCAACGGAACCCACGACGACCACAGUGGCCACAACCACCACUUCAGCGGAACCCACGACGACCACAACAGCCACAACCGCCGCUUCAGUGGAACCCACAACAACCACGGUGGCCACAACCACCACUUCAGCGGAACCCACAACUACCACGACGGCCACAACCGCCACUUCAGCUGAACCCACGAUGACCACGGCGGCCACAACUGCCACUUCAGUGGAACCCACGACGACCACGACAGCCACAACCACCACUUCAGCGGAACCCACAACAACCACGGUGGCCACAACCACCACUUCAGUGGAACCCACAACCACGGUGGCCACAACCACCACUUCAGUGGAACCCACGACAACCAUGACGGCCACAACCGCCACUUCAGAGGAACCCACAACCACGGUGGCCACAACCACCACUUCAGCGGAACCCACGACAACCACGGUGGCCACGACCACCACUUCAGCAGAACCCACAACCACAGCAGUCACAACUACCACUUAA